GAUGGUUCCGACCGAGCAAAAUGGCGGCUGCCCGAUGAGGGAAGGAGAGCGCGAGCGGCAGUUUCAGUGUAUAGAUCAUGAAGGAAGCAAGGCGACUCCCCUCUGAAGGUUGGAUGAUGAGGUAUGCUUCCCUGUGGCUGAAGUGAAACAGCAGCAACAGUUUGGACAAACAAAAUGGGGGAGUGGCAGAGGAUCUUUGUGGAAAACCUGACAGUCCCUCCACAUAACCAGAGGCGUCGCCACCCACCAUCCCGGGAGUCAAAGGCAUUCCAGUGUGUCCUGAAGCAGAUGGAGGGAAACAUAAUGAAACAGAAAGCAGAUGAUACGUCAGAUGUCGAAUUCCAGCUGCGCCUUUCCCUGUUUGAUGUCACUUACCACCAUUUUUUUGGAAAGACUUGGAAGAGCACCGCAAGACCCCUUAAAGUUGUACCAGGACAGCCGCCCUUGGUGGUCUUCAGUGAGACCGUCUAUUUUCACACAUCUUUGGACCAUCCCAGUAUCAUCCUCGUCAUAGAAGUUGUGGCUUCCAUCAGGAGACAGAGCGGGACUCACCAGGAUCUGUCAUGUGGCUUUGGAAUCCUGCGUAUAUUUAACAGCAAGUCUGAGCCAACAAAUCUGGGCUUGAAGGAGAAAGGGCUCAGUCUGUAUCAUGGGACUCCCCGAGCCCUACUGCACCCGCUAUUCCAGGAGCCAGUAGAGAAGAAUAUGUACCUGACCAUGAUAGACAGCAGCCACCUUCAGUGUGCCUUGCAGCCCCACCCACUCUUGGAAACCGUCUAUCACCUGCUUCCGGAGAACACCCUUGUGUCCAGUCUGCAAAGAGUCCCCGGAGUGUUGACAGUUCAGGAAGAUGACUCCCUCCAGAAACUACGGCUCAUGAAGACAGUCACGUGGUACUUGGAAAAGCUAUCCAUCCACCUGUACCCAUCAUUAGAGAAAUUUGAGGAGGAACUGCUGGAUUUACUCAUGAGUGAUCAGAGUAACUUGACGCAGCAUGGGAACGCACUCACUGUGCAGGAGCGGCGGCUGCACAUCGGGGUGCACAAUGGCUUUUGCUUCGUGCAGCCCCCCCAAGUUGUGGUAGUGGUGCCAGAGACCGAGGUGGCUCGGGGAUGUUUCGGAAGCUUGCACAGGAGAGCAGGAGCCAGCACCAAACCCAGUUCGGAGGGGCAAGAUCUCGUCCUUCGAAGUCGCAUCCAUUUGACAGAGAUGGUCCGUCACCCGGCAUUUGGAGUCGUCUUCCAGCUGGAGUAUGUCUUCUCUGCAGCGAGCGGAGCAGAUGGGAAGGCAUCAUCUGCUACUUCUCUGACGACACCGGCUUACAUGCAUUCCAUUCGGUGGGCAGUUUGGAAUCCCUCGCUGGAUGUGAGCUCCUCCAAAGUGAUCCUUCCUUUGCAAGGAGGAGCCCAGCAUAAUCCCAGCCACGUUUUGGUCUACAAGACACCCCCAGCUUCCAUGAGCUCUGAAGAGGUGAAGCAAGUUGAGUCUGGAACGAUCCAGUUCCACUUUUCCACCGGCUCGGAUGAAGGACUCAGGACUGCUACAAAACCCUCAAGCAAUGUGAAGGCAGAGCCGCCUCUCUCCAAGAAUCCUCCUUCAUCGUCCCCCAGAUCUCCACUUUCUCCUCAGAUGUUAGCAUCCACUCAAGAUUAUUCCCAAGGUCCAGGGCUGUCAAUCUCCCAGCUCUCGGUGUCUCCAGAGAACCAUGUUUCCAAACCUCCGCUGCCGCCCUCUAACAGAUCUGCACUCUCCCAUUUCUCUGAGGCUCAAGAACGAGCACGUGAGCACAGCCCCCUGGGAGGAAUCAGUCAUUUGGAGUAUGACCUCAGCCAGAGCUCACCGGUUCAGGAAGCCUCAUCCAUUGACCAGCUCCAGGAGUUGCCCUUCAUGCCAGUUCACAUGCCCAUUAUGGCUCUUGGAGCACACUCAAGAAGCUCUAGCACUACCCUCACACGGGCUUCUCUUGCUCGCCUGCGUGCCUCUGGAUUCCCUGAGAUCCUGGAUUGCAACAAGGAGCCCGCCCAAGUUGUGGAUCCGGCAGACCCUGUGGAUUUCAACCCACAGCGGGAAGAAGCUGACUUCUUGCAAAGCAGUGAAAUUGUCCUCCAAUUUCUCGCGUUUACAAGGACCAAUCAAGAUGGCACGACCUCAGAGACGUGGUCAAAAACCAUCUAUUUCACCUUCCAGUUUUACCGGUUCCCUCCAGUCACAACACCGCGACUGCAGCUGGUCAAGGCCGAUGCCUCUGGGACUGUUCCGUCAGGUGCCUCUUCUCAUAUCUUGGCGCAAAUUAACCAAGAUGGAACCCUAAACCUUGGUUCCCCAGGGCUGCAGGUGAAAUACAUGGUGGACCCUAGUUCUCUCAAGCCAGGAGAGCAACGGUGGUUCAUUCGCUACCUUGCCGAGCAUUCCCUGCAGAUUGAUGCCUGGGAUGGGGACUCCUUGCUUCUUGUUGGAUCAGCUGCUGUGAAACUGAAGCAUUUGCUCCGCCAAGGCCGGACAGCGGUUCAAGUCCACCACGACCUGGAAGUUAUCACUCUGGAAUACAAGCAGGAUGCUCCAGUGAUGGGCGGGGAGCUUCUCAGGCCUGGAGGCAUGAAGCCUAUCGGAGUCCAUGCUGUUGUGCGGGGCAGGCUCCACCUGAGCCUGGCUAAUGUUGGCCACCUCUGUGAUCAGAGGCUGAGGAAAUCAAGCUCCUUGCCUCCUUCCCGUUCCCGGAUCGUGUCCUCACAUGAUGGAAUCAGUGGCUUUCGUGGGGGCAGCCUACUCUCUAUCAACACUCACAGCACUGGAAACGUGUGCCAGGCCCAGAAGCUGGCUGACGUGGACAGUGAACUGGCAGCCAUGCUGUUCUCCCGCUUGCGUGAGGUCAGCACAGCCUUCCAGCACACCCCCCGGGAGGCCAGCAUCACCCGGAGGAGGAAGCUUGAGAGGAUGCUGUCUGUGCGGAGGCGGGAAUCUCAAGAAGGAGACUGCAGGAAGAAAGCCAGCUUCAUUAUGGGACGACAUGAGGACCGCAUUCAGCAUUUGCGAGAUCUCCAGAUCAUCGAGGCCUACCGGGAGCGCAUCAAAGCAGAGAGCAUUGGUAGCAUGCUGAGCCAGGCUAUCACCACCCAUCACACACUCUACGCCAUGUUUGGCACCACAGAGUUUUUUGAGUUUGCCCUGAAGAACCCAUACAGUGUCCAGCACACAGUCAUCAUUGAGAUUGACAACCCAGAACUCAGUGUCAUUGUGAAUUCCAGAGAAUGGAAGCAUUUUAAGGAACUAACCAAAACUGUCACCCCACUGGAGGAGGAGAUGUUUCAUCUCCAUGAUAACCUCACACCUCAGGUCUACCUGCGUCCCAAGGAGACUGUGCACGUCCCCUUUAAAUACCAAGCCUUCACCAUGGAGCAGGGAGCCAUGAGGCAGCAAGGUCCCACUGAGCUGACAUUCAGCGAAGGCAAGAAGGAAGCUGCAGCCCCCUGGAAGUCCGGUGGCAUGCAGACAAAACACAUCAAGGUCUCCUUCACAGCACAUGGCAGCAGCAAGCCCAUCGCCAUCCUCAGCGUGAACGUGGAAUUCCAGCCCCACGUGGUGGAUCAGACUUUCCGCUUCUACCACCCAGAGCUCACGUUCCUGAAAAAGUCCAUCCGCCUGCCUCCCUGGCACACAUUUCCAGGAGCCCCAGCCGGUGUGCCCGGUGGAGAACCAGAGAUGUACGUGCGCUGCAGCGAUCCCAACGUUAUCUGUGAAACUAAGAAAAUGGGACCAGGCGAACCACAGGACAUUUUUCUAAAAGUUGCCGGGGGGCCGAGUCCGCAGAUCAAGAGAUUCUUUGUGGCAAUCUACGCGGAUCCCUGGUUGGCCGUCCCAACUCAGAUCUGGCAGUUUUAUCUCCACUCAUUGCAGCGGGUCGAUGUUGGCUGUGUAGCAGGACAGCUGACCCACCUCUCACUGGUGCUCAAAGGGACUCAAGCCAUUCGGAAGGUGAAAGCAUAUUCCUCGCAGCCACAGGAGUUGAAGGUGGACCCAGAAGGCAUCUUCAUCCUCCCUGCAAAUGGGGUGCAGGAUCUGCACAUUGGCAUCCGGCCUCAGAGACCUGGCAGCCAGUUUAUCUACCUCAACCUGGUGGACGUGGAGUACCACCAACUCGUCUCAUCCUGGCUGGUGUGCGUCUCUUGCCGACAGCCUCUCAUCUCCAAGGCUUUUGAAAUCGUGCUCCCCCCCGGUGGAGGCAAAGGUUCAAACAAGAGGAUCACGUAUUCCAACCCCUACCCGACCCGGAGGAUGUAUUUUCUGCACACCAACCGGCCAGACCUGUUGCAGUUCAAAGAAGAUUCCUUUGAGAUUGGCAGAGGGGAGACCUACACCAUUGGCCUACGGUUUGCUCCCAGCCAGAGCUCUGGUGAGGAGGAAAUUCUGAUUUAUAUCAAUGACCACGAAGACAAGAACGAAGAGACCUUCUGCGUGAAGGUCACUUAUCAGUGACAGUGUGGGUGUGCAUACAGCCUUGGCUUGGUUGCUCCUCUGCUCUCUGGUGAUCUAUCAAACUUCCCUAGAGGCUUAGCACGGUUCCUUUUACUGUUUCUGGCUGCCAGUAGGCCGCGUGCCCCUGAAACGUCCCCUGUUCAGAAGUCUGCAGAGAGCAAACGAGAGAGACCUUCUCCUCCUCCCCCUAGGCACCGGAGGGACACGUGGCCCCCUCCUUGUUUCUUUGCCCAUGUCCAAUCAAGCCCCUGCCAAGCCCCUCUGAUUGAUUGCCCAAACGGAUUCCUCGAACUUCAGCAUGACCUCCAACGGUGCAGCGGAGUCCUAUCUGUUCCCUCCCUGGCUCUGGAUCGAAAAUUCAUUUCUCUUGCUAUGAAAUGUCACUCGUUCGGGGAAAGGUGCUGUGGGCUUUCAGACCUUUAACACAGUUCGAGCUGCUUUGCGGAUUUGGCUGGUUUUUGUAGCAUUAUUAUUAUUAUUUUCUUCC